UUACUCGCAGAUGUAACACAGCACACUUCCUGUACUGCCUCCUCCCCUCGUGUUCGAUUGUUCCUGUGUCGUCACGCCUCCGUUGCCAUGAUCAAGACACCCGAUUGGCUCAUUCCUCCUCGCGGGGGGGGGGGAAGCGGGACAGAGGGCGCGAGCCCGGCGCCGGCUGUUGGAGGCGACGUUUUGUUGUCAUGGAAACCGGGGAAGCGCAGGUACGGUUCUUGCAGAAAGACGGCGGCCGCACCGAGAGAACAGGCGGAGGGGAGCGAUAAUCUGGGUCGGGGAGUGUGUGUGUAUCCAUCAGUACACACGCAACCCCGUCCGCCGGGGGGGGAUGCGCCGAAAACACAAGCAGGACAACUUGCCCUCUGAGAGUCGGGAGCGCCGCCGUUUUGGGAAACUUUAGCCCCUAGUGCUACCUGCACUGCAGCUGCGCUGGAUUAUCUAUAAUUAUCCUGAGAUAUUCCCUACUGUUGUAGGGAUUGAAUUUCAGUGCUGGACACCAUUAGACAGCGGCUUUUCAUGAGAGAGCAUACUGGAAUGUGGACCUGACCCUCGGAGCGAGAGAAAAAUAAAACUACAGUACUGCACGGAGCUCUGGGGGCGGAGGACAGAGAUAUGGCUUCCUGUCUCUAUGAGUGCCUGUGCGAGGCAGGGCUAGAGCGCUACUAUCCCCAGUUCACCGCGCUCGGACUGCGGAGGCCUGCCAACCUCUCCCGCCUCACCAUGAGCGAUUACCCCCGGCUGGGAGUGCACCACAUGCAGGACCGCACCCGCCUCUUCCACCUGGUGCAGCUGGUCAAAACCCUGCAGGACGGGCAGGGGGCUGAGGAGGAGGAGGAGGAAGACGGUUCUCUCCCAGCUCGGGGCACCCCACGCCGGCAGCUGGAUUUCAGCACCCCCUCUGGGCACAGCACCCACGCUGACAGCGUCGCACCUAGACGCAGGCCCGGGCAGGCAGGAGUGCCACACAGCCUCAGGUGUCCAGCCAAGAAGGAGCAAACCCCUUUGCACAGAGUCACACACAGCCAAGGGUACAACUAUGGGUUACCCCUCUCUUCUGCCAGGGCGGGGGGCCGCGGCCCCGCGCGGGUGGCGGCGGAGAGGAUCCGGGUGUGCGUGCGGAAGCGGCCGCUGCGCGGGGGGGAGGAGCGGCGGGGGGAGCUGGACGUGGUGGACGCUCAGGACCACGAGUCGGUGCUGGUCCACGAGAAGAAGGAGGCGGUGGACCUCUCCCAGUACACGCUUCAGCAUGUGUUUUAUUUUGAUGACGUGUUCGGUGAGUCCUGCACAAAUGAGGAUGUGUACCGUAAGACUGCCUACCCCCUGAUUCAGCAUGUCUUCAAUGGGGGCAAAGCCACUUGUUUCGCGUACGGGCAGACGGGGGCGGGGAAGACUCACACGAUGAUGGGCACGGCCCGCAGCCCCGGCCUGUACGCGCUGGCCGCCCGCGACCUCUUCGCCCGGCUGGGGCGGCCCGCGCCUGCCCGCGGCCCCCUGCACCUCUGCAUCAGCUUCUUUGAGAUCUACUGUGGGCAGCUGUACGACCUGCUGGAUGGCAGGAAACGGUUGUUUGCCAGGGAGGAUGGGCGUCAUGUGGUCCAGAUCGUGGGGCUACGGGAGGAGAGGGUGGAGUCCGUGGGCACGCUGCUUGAGGUGAUCUCCUGGGGCAGCAGGGAGCGCAGCAGGGGUGCCAGUGGAGUGAACGCAGACUCCUCUCGAUCUCAUGCCGUCAUUCAGAUACACCUCAAAGACUCCACUCGCAGGCUGGUUGGCAGGAUUUCCUUCAUCGACCUGGCAGGGAGUGAGAGAGCUGCAGAUACCAGGGACCCAGACAGACAGACCAAGAUGGAAGGAGCAGAGAUCAACCAGAGCCUGCUGGCUCUAAAGGAAUGUAUUCGUGCUCUGGACCAAGAACACUCUCACACACCAUUCCGCCAGAGCAAACUCACCCAGGUGCUGAAGGAUUCAUUUAUCGGGAAUUCAAAGACCUGCAUGAUAGCAAAUAUUUCUCCUAGCCAUGUAGCUACAGAACACACUCUUAACACCUUGCGCUAUGCAGACAGGGUGAAGGAGCUGAGAAGAGGAGUGAAACAUUCCCCGGGCUCCAGAGGAGGCAGCAGGCUGGUGGGGAGCCCUUUCUCCAAGCGUAACAAACACUCCUGCAGGGAGAGGAGCUCCCCCAAGAAACUGAGGCUGGGGGCAGGCAAGGGGGCUCGAGACCCCAAAGGGCCACAUCCUGGGGUCCCUGUAGCAGUGGUAACUCCUCCAAGAAGUGCCCUGCUCUGCUCCACACCCAAGACUGUUGCUGUAAGAGAGGCCUGGCUGAAGCACAGCUCUCCAGCGCAAGGGAUGCUGAGAGCAGCGGAGCAGAAGGAGGGGGAUAAGGCGGUACCCAAAGGGCAAUGCGAGGCACGCUGCAGGCAAGAGCAAGGACUGGGCUCACAGGGCAUACACAAAGUUCAGGCCAUGGUGUGGCCCGUAUGGAAAGAAACUGUUGCCAGGGAGAGGUUCAAGGGAACUUGCCUGGGACGAGCGUCUCUGUCGGAGGACCGCAGAGGCCAGGUUGACACUGACACUUUGGAUGCUUGGGCUGGCUCUGGUUUUCUCCGGAGGGAGAGGGAAAGAGAGGGAGGAAGGGAAAAGCAAGAGGAGGACAAGAAGGAGGCAGAGUGGGAGACACUUUGCCACCGACAAAGGGAAAGGGAGUUAGGAAGUGAGAGGGAGAGAGAGAUGGAGAGGCAGCGCCAUCUGAGAAAAUACCACCAGCAACUUCAGAGGCCGUCCAUCCGGCACUACCAGCCCCUGGAGGGCCUUCUGGCCUCAUACGAGGGGCAGAGCAUGGACUCUCUUGCAGAACCGGGUGUCAGGCCCAGCAGCCGGGUGUGUCCGGGGGACACAGAUGUAGACAGCGCUAGUGAUGCGAGUCAGGACUCCCUCAAUGUCGUUGAGCUGGGGAGCUGCCCUAGUGAAGAAGACCACCAUGGCAACUGCGUCGAGGACGCCUACAGUCCUGGCUAUAGGUCAGACACAGAUGCUUCUGUCCGUCGCGGGAGAAGUUUCCGGGGGGUGCCAAAAGGCUCUAUCUGUUUGGAAUUGAGAAGGGAUUUGGGAAACCGAGAGAGAGCUGACAGGCUUCAGGGAGAAUACAGGAGCAGGGAGGACUGGCAAGAGCAGUCUGUGUCUGAGCAGCGGGAGGAAGCAGAGGAGACGAAUCCCAGCAUGGAGGAGCUUGAGGUCAGUGAGAGCUGGAGGCUGGAUGGGCGGACAGGCUUUGGGGACUGGCUGCAGGACAGCCCAGGUCAGCCUGACUGGAGCAUAGAAGAGGACUCUUUCACCAUGAGGUCUUCUGGUAGCAACAAUACACCUGAGAAACCCUAUUCUCCAGUGUCAGAGAAGCAGCCAGGCCACGUGUCCCCCAGUUUAGACUGCUUCAACAAUCUGUCUUCUGACCACAAACAGAUCAACUCGGCACUCCAGGACAUGGUGGAGAUACCAGACCUGUCAAACCCCAAAGAUUGUACCAAUGUCCCUUUGCCCAGUGAUCGAAACUUUGUAAAACCAGGAAGUGAUGGAGAAGCAGCUCCAACAUGUGAUUCUAUGAUGUUGUCUGGCUCAGGUGUCCACGCAGAAACAGACAGGGACUCUGCUUCAGAGCCACAAGAGGACAACAGUGUCCACCAGCAAGCAUCAGACAUUUCUAUAACCUCUGCCACAAUGGACCCUUUGACAAUCUCUCUGUUGGACAUCGAGAGGCAGGUGGCUACAGACUCCUUCCUCUGUGGGCCACAGUCUCCUUCCCUUUCUCAAGGCGAGGUCUCCAGGGAGGAGUCUACUGAGGACCUUGAGUCAAGGAGCACCUUGAAUCAAGGACCUGCAGUGGCACAGCGUAGCCAGAGAGGGCAGCAGACACAGCCAGCAGUCAGCUUGGACACUCCCCUACUCUCUGAGAAUGGUAACGGUGGAUGUUCUUCCGCGGACUGUCAUACAGCCACCUGGGAGCUGUGCCCACAGAGGACGGACGUGAGUGUCACACUGGCUGCCCGCAGUCUGAUCUCCACUCCACGGAGUUUCACAGCGUGCACUGCCCAGCACCUCUGUAACUCCCCUUGCCAGCUCAGCCCCUCACACGCCAGUAAUCACACUACACCCCCUGAAGACUCUGCUCUGGAUCACGGCCUGCUGUCCCCUGCAGCCACAGACAGAGUGUCAGAGUCAGCUGUCUCGGCCCACUUCUCUGUGCUGUGCCGGGAGCUUGCGAAGGAACUGCCUGGCCAAAACCAGACCGCAGUUGCCAGGGGGAGCAGUCCAGAGAGUGACAGAGUUACUGCAGCAGGCGCGCAAGACCCUACAGAGAGCUGUGACAUCUCAGUACCUGCAGCAGCAGCGCCUGUGUCAUGGUCCAGUCAAGAGCUAGUGCCCAGUGUGAACGUGAAGCAGGCGGUUGCUGAUUUAUACGUGGGAGGACUUCCAGGCUGCCACCGCAGGUUGAGGAAUGAAGUGCAGGAGGUCCUGGGGUUGAGGCAACAGAACCAAGGCCUUACUCAGUCUACUUCAGAUACAACGGCAGAGAGAAACUCCAGUCCUCCUGCCGAUCCAGAGCUGUCCCCCCUCAACAGUGCAGGGGACCAGUUAGCCAACCCGACUCUGUAUCAGGGCCGUAUGACCAGUCCCACUCUGCUACAGCACACCGUGACCAGAGAACCUCUCUACGUCGCUCGACAGCAGCAGGAGGCACUUGGAAGGGCACAGAGCCUGGUGAUCCGGGCGCACCGUGAGGAGCUGGAUGAGAUGCAGUCUCUGAGCCGGAGGGAGGAGGCCCUGCUCAGCCUGCAGCCUGACAUGGACUUCACAGACUAUGUGGUGAAGCUGGAAGAGAUCAUGGAGCUGAAAGCCAAGUGUGUGCGCAGUGUAAGGGCCCAACUACAGCUCUACCUCACCUACCCAGGGGCCACUGGCUCCUAGGAUUCCCAGGAAUGCAUUAGACAGCAUCUGUGGGUGCACUGUGUAUAGCUUCAGGUUUGAGUUUUGCAUCUUCCUCUAUAUACUGUACACAGACUUGUUCCCCACCUCAGUGUGUUUGCGGGUAUGUGUGUAUUAUCAGUGUUCACUACUGCUCUGAUGACUAUAGUACAGUUUUUCUUCUUUUCUUGAACUGAGCAAGGCUCUGCACUGUGUACUUUUGUUGUGCACUUGCAGGAGCAAAUCCAAUUUUUUCUUAAGGGUUGCCUUUUUUUAUACCGUUUGUCACAAAAUGUUGGUGAUGGAUUGUCUUCUCUGAAGCCUUUCGGACUGCUGAAACCUCCAGUGCUAACACAUACUGAGUAACAUCAGUUUAUCUCGGUGAUUCCUGGGUUCCUCAGCUAGUCACUGCAGUGAAACAAUGCAAACUAAGCUCAGUUAUUGUAAUAGGGAAGAAAAUAUAUUUCUUUUUGUAUACCUAAAUAGGGGAAUGUUUAUAGAGCAUACACACAGUACCAUGCAUCAGGAUGGAAAGAACAAUAUCUAGGCCAACCACACAUGAAACAGUGUCUUGUUACUCCCAAAAGGAGGAAAAAGAUGAAGAAUAUUUAAAAAUGCUGGUGUAUCUCAUUGUCUCAACCUUGUAAGCUGUAGUUUGGUAUGCAAGCCCCCUUCUGCUGCGUUACUAUGGUAUAUAAUAAUCAUGAAUAAUUUUAAUCCAGUGCAGGGAAAAUGCAAUAGCAAGAUUUAAACUCUUAAAUAUUAUACAGUAUUCCAUACUCUUAUGCAAUCAAGAACAGUCUGUAACCUUUGUAAUUCAGAAAGGUCAUUCGAAACCAGCUUAUUUAUUGUAACUAAAUCUGAAGUAUGUUGUUAAAAUAAAAUUUCCAGUUUG